CGCAAACCCGAAAAAGAUCUGAUUCCUGGUGGGGAGGAAUUAACAGGAUUUCCUAGAGAUGGUGUUCAAUUUCCGCAUCCUCAGUUUCUCCGGUGCUACUCGAGAAGUUGGAAGGACGGUUGAUAAUACCGGUAAUCAACUCCGAAGGUUCUCUCUCAUAGAGCUUCAAGUGGCGACAAGAAACUUCGACCACGAAAACUGGUUGGGUGAAGGAUCGUUUGGAGUGGUCUACAGAGGACGCUUAGCCGAUGGUUCUCUCGUCGCCGUAAAACGACUGAGAGAGCUUUCCGAAGAUUCGGAAAGACAGUUUCAGACAGAAGUGGAAGUGGCAAGCAUUGUUCACCACCCCAACUUGUUGUGCCUGAUAGGGUAUUGCAAUGUGGAGAAAGAGCGGUUGUUGGUCUACCCCUUCAUGGUCAACCGCAGUCUCGACUUCCUCUUGAGACAGAAAGCCUUCCAACCACUCGAUUGGCCAAUCCGGAUGCGGAUAGCAUCAGGAGUCGCGAGGGGGAUGGCUCACAUGCACGAUCAAUGCCAUCCGAGCAUCAUACACCGCGAUGUCAGUUGUUCAAACAUAUUGCUGAAUGCGGACUUCAAGCCAGUAGUGGGAGACUUUGGCUUGGCCAGGAUCAUGCAUGAGAGGGACAUUGUGGUGGGGAAUGCCGGAGGCUCCAUCGGCUGCGGCUCGGUUUCUGCAGCUGAAGUGGGUAAACAUCCGCCUUUGUUGCCCAUAUCACCUCAGUUGUACCAAGAUACUUAUGUCUACACCGCCGUGCGUGGACAUAUAGGAUACGGCGCCCCCGAGUACAUAAGCACUGGCAAAUGCACUCGGAAGGUUGACGUCUAUUUAUAUGGAAACAUGCUUCUGGAGCUCAUCUCAGGACGGCCAUUUUUUCACUUCAGUGGGCUACGGAACGACUGGAUUAGCAGAUGUAUGAACGAGAACAUGUUGAAAAGGGUGGUUGAUCCAACUUUGCAGGGGAACUAUCUCCCCGAAGAAGCAGAACGACUCGUCCGAUUGGCACUGUUAUGUGCGGAUGACGAUCCAUCUGUCCGACCCAAGAUGUCUGAAGUGAUUUUGUUACUUGAAAACCGAUUGCACGGGCCGGAUCAUAGCAGUAGGAGUAGUUGGAGCCAAAGCGAGUGUGAUUCGACUCCUUACUACUCUUUUCCUCCAUCUCCUUCUUUGGAAAUGGCUAUAUGACGGGCGUGGAUGAUACCGCAUCUUGAUCAACGUCUGAUUUCUUACCUCCUACAUGGAGUCCAUCUUCGACCUUUUGCUGUUCACCGAAGUUCCCAUGUGUUCAUUUCCAAUUUCAUCUGUAAGAACCUUUUUUUUUUUUUAAUAUAUCUGCGUUGAGCAAAUACUGG